GAUGAAACCAUGGCGGCCACCAGUAGCAGUAGUAGCAGUAGCAACAACCAGGCCGUGGACAAUCUCCAAAAGACCCCGGUGAUUGUCCAGUGGACGCAGACAAUUGAACUGGGAUAUGCCAGUGAGGACGCCGUUCCAUCAAAUUCACAGCCAGUCUGUUUUCGAUGUGGCAAAACUUCCACCGCCAAACAACUCUCCAAAUGUGCCCAGUGCCAAGUAGCGUCGUAUUGCUGCAAGGAGUGCCAAGUUCAGGAUUGGAAGGCCGUGAGCAAGGGAGGUGGUGGGCACAAGGCAGCCUGUGCGUCGUAUGCACGCCUCGAGUUGGUCGUCCACAACAACAAUAGAAGUAGUGCAGAGUGGCAAAUCAAAUCCGAUGCCUUCAAAGAGACUGUGCGCAACGAACUCUUUGGUCGCAUUCGCAUCUAUGCCUGUUCCUAUGCCGUGCAUCGCACCGCGACACUGGGAAAAGGAUUUUUGUUCCUGCAAUCGGACAGCACGUUGGCGACUCUCUCCACACCCACGCCCAUGGCACCCAAAAUAAAAAUGCGAGCUCUGCUGAUGCAUUUUUUGACAUUGGCCGAGUACGACUCGGAAGUCUGUCGCGAUGAUUUUGAAAUGGCAGAAGUGAGAACCCAGCUCCAACACCUGGUCAACAAUGAUUACGACGAUCAGAACGAAGUGGUCUUGCUCUUGCGAUUUCGGUGUGGUCAUGUGGCGUUGGGCAAGGGGACACUGGUGCCUGAUUACGGUGUCUGUAAAGUGCUGGGACAGCAGUAUUUUGAAACAACAACCGGGGCCGUGCAAUUGAAUUUGGAUGACAUGUAG